AUGCCCCCGCAUCCUGACCUCCCGGAGCCUGCCCAUCCAGACGUGGAUUCAAUGCUUACCCGCAAAUUCGGGCGCGAGAUCGCCAAUUACUUCUCGGGUUCUCCCAUCAACCGCUUUUCUUUUUUGCGAGCCGACCAUGGAUUUAUCUCCAAAGCGCUGGUCCACCCAUCGACAUCCUUUCUCCUCUUCAACAACCUAGCACCCCUAGCCAAAGACCCCACGGCGUUGGCAUAUGCGAAAUAUGAAGAUGUGCAGGGGUUGAUUGGGGGGAACCCAUUUGAGAAAACCGAGGAGGAGCUUAUUAAGCAGUACAAUAGCACUAUUACUUUACCUGUGGUGUUAUUUUUGGGUCUGGAUGAGAGGAAAAAGGAAGGCUUUGAACAUGGGGAUUAUAAGGGAGCCCCCUACUUUGCGGUCGAUGUUACGCCUAGAGGAACUGUGGAAAAGGAGGCUACUGCUGUGAUUGAGGAAAUGACGAAGAGGGGUCCCCAGUUCAUCGAAGGACGGAUGCAUAUGACCCUGAAUGCGCCUGAAGCUGCAAUUUACGCUCAAGCUCGGGCUCUACUGGACUGGAAUGCUCGAAACCCCUUCUGCGCAGGCUGUGGCCAGCCCACCCUUUCUGUCCACGCUGGAACGAAACGAGUCUGCCCCCCAACUGAUUUUGCAUCUCUACCUGCAGCUACACAAGGAGACGCCACCACCGUCGAAGUCAAACCCAACGAACGAGCAGCGUGCGUCACAAGGACCGGCAUCUCGAACCUCUCCUUCCCGCGAACUGAUCCCACCGUCAUCAUGGCUGUAGUAUCCCAUGACAUGAAGCGAUUCCUCCUCGGUCGCCAAAAGCGCUGGCCACCACACUGGUACUCAACCCUAGCAGGAUUCUGCGAGCCCGGUGAAUCGGUCGAAGAGGCCGUUCGCCGAGAAGUGUGGGAAGAAUCUGGUGUUCACGUCGGCCGUGUACUCAUUCACUCCACGCAACCUUGGCCUUAUCCUGCAAACUUGAUGAUAGGUGCCAUUGGGCAGGCCAUACCGGAUGGCGAGAAGAUCCAUUUGGAACAUGAUCCGGAGCUUGAGGAUGCUAAGUGGUUUGAUUUUGACGAGGUUAGGGAGGGGCUGAGGGCUGGGACAAGUGGUUUGGGGGAGCCUGCUCCGGAAGGUUAUGUAGAGGGCAACUUACGGCUACCGCCUCCGACGGCGAUUGCUAACCAGUUGCUGAGAGCUGUUGUGAGUGGGUUCUUGGAGUCUGGGGAAUUGAGUAAGAUUUGA